ACAGGGGGAAUCAACGUUUUUAGGUAGAGGGGACUUCUCUUCUUCUCCCUUUCUUCCAUCUUUAGGUUUCUCUUCAAGUUUCCGAUUUUGUUUUGGACAAUUUCAGAGAAGAACAGAAAACAUGUUUGGUCUAGAGAAAUCGAUUACAGUGGAGCAUGAGAUCUUGAAGGAGAAUCACGAGACUUUGGUGAAAGAUUACGAAUGUCUUCAGGAAAGGAUUAAGCACGCUGAGGAGACUUAUGAGGCUCUUAAGUUGCAUCUUCAGAAGAAAGGUAAGGAGCUUGAGGAGAGUAACAGACGCUUGUUUGAUGAAUGUGUGAAAGAGAGAAUUGAGAAGGAGAAAGUUAAGAAAACGUUUGAGGAGAUGAAGAAGACUAUGGAGGUUGAGAGAGAUGCUAUGGUUGAUGAACUGAUGACUAAAAACAAUGAGCUUUUGUUGGUGAAAAGGAAAGAGGAAGAAGAGUUGGUUGAAAUGGAGAAUAAGUAUGUGGAGUUAGCUGAGAAGUUUGUUGUUGUUGAAGAGGAAUGUGAACUCUUGAACUCGCUCUAUGAUGCGGAAGUGGUAGCAGCUUCGGUUACUCAUAGUGCUGUUGUGUCAGAGAUUGGUGAGACUGAUAAUGUUGUUGGUGAAGGCGAGAAUGAGGUGAAUCAUAAUGCAAACAACGCUGGAACAGAUGCGAUGAUGAUCAAUGACGAAAGCGAAGCUGAACAUGAUAAACCUCCAACUCCAAGAGAGAGUAACAUAAGCUCUCAUCAGUCUGUGGGCAAUAACCAAGAAGAACAAUGCAGGAACAGAGAAAACUCACCAAAAGAGAACCGAGCUUUGGGAGAAACCUCCACCCCGAGAAGUAAUAUUAACCCACCACCGAGUUCUCCUUCAUCAUCGUCUUCGUCAUCAACAUCAUCAUCAUCAUCUUCUGACGGCUAUGAAGUUGUGGUUAAGCUGCCGCGUAACUGGCCCGAGUGGGCAAUCCCUAAAGGUCCCGGGAACAGUUCCAACAAGUCUUAGAACAUUUCAGAUGCAGAGAACUAAGAGAGCCAGAAGAAGAAGUGAAUUUAUAAGCUGCACUCAUUAUUAAGUUAAGCUAUAGUAGUUAUGGCAAUCUUCUUACAUAUAUAUAUAGACAUCUUAAUGCUUUUGUUUUGUCUAGGAGUUUAUAUCAAAAUCUCUCAUUUGAGAAACUAGAAACAAACAAGUCUAAA